UGUUCCGCCCGACGCGGCGCGGAGUAUUGUGGGCGCUGGUGAGCGGCUGGUUUCGGUCCGGGCGGCAGCGACCGGCUUUCGGGGAGCUUGGCGUCUGGGCUCCGCCGUGGGGCCCGCAGGCCGCUGCCAGCAUGUCGGGCGUGCGAGCCGUGCGCAUCAGCAUCGAGUCGGCCUGCGAGAAGCAGGUGCAGGAGGUGGGCCUCGAUGGCACCGAGACCUACCUGCAGCCGCUGUCCAUGUCGCAGAACCUGGCGCGCCUGGCGCAGCGCAUCGACUUCAGCCAGGGCUCGGGCUCCGAGGAGGAGGAGGCGGCGGGGCCCGACGGCGACGCGCAGGACUGGGCGGGCGCUGGGGCCGAGCAGGACGACGAGGAGGGGCUGGUGAAAUUCCAACCUUCUCUGUGGCCUUGGGACUCAGUGAGGAACAAUUUACGAAGUGCCCUCACGGAGAUGUGUGUUCUCUAUGAUGUCCUCAGUAUUGUCAGGGACAAAAAGUUCAUGACGCUGGACCCCGUCUCUCAGGAUGCGCUUCCUCCCAAACAGAGUCCGCAGACCCUGCAGCUGAUCUCUAAGAAGAAGUCCCUGGCCGGAGCAGCUCAAAUCCUCCUCAAGGGGGCAGAAAGACUGACCAAGUCCGUGACCGAGAACCAGGAAAACAAGCUCCAGCGAGACUUCAACUCUGAGCUCUUGAGGCUACGGCAGCACUGGAAACUGAGGAAAGUUGGAGACAAGAUCCUGGGCGACCUGAGCUACAGGAGCGCAGGGUCUCUCUUUCCCCAUCAUGGCACCUUUGAAGUGAUUAAGAACACAGACAUUGAUUUGGAUAAGAAGAUUCCAGAAGAUUACUGUCCCCUGGACGUCCAGAUUCCUAGUGAUUUGGAGGGGUCUGCGUACAUCAAGGUUUCUAUUCAAAAACAGGCUCCAGACAUUGGUGAUCUUGGCACAGUGAACCUGUUCAAGAGACCAUUGCCCAAGUCCAAACCAGGUUCUCCACAUUGGCAGACGAAGUUAGAAGCAGCACAAAAUGUUCUUCUUUGUAAAGAAAUUUUUGCACAGCUUUCUCGGGAAGCCGUUCAGAUUAAGUCUCAGAUCCCUCACAUUGUGGUGAAAAACCAGAUCAUCUCUCAGCCCUUCCCAAGCUUGCAGUUGUCCAUUUCCCUGUGUCACUCCUCAAAUGAUAAGAAGUCCCAGAAGUGUGCCUCAGAGAAGCCGAGUCCAGAGGAUCACCUCUAUGUCCUGGAGCACAACUUGCACCUGCUGAUCAGAGAGGUAACUCCAGUGUGGCUCUGCGGUACACAAGCCUCCCCUACUGAGUCAGUAACGGGCGGCAGUGGUUUGAGAGAACCUGCUAUGUGCCAGGGGAUCCGGAGAAGAACUGCUGCAACCAUUGACAGCUUGGCAAGUCGUAUUGAAGACCCCCAGAUCCAGGCCCACUGGUCAAACAUCAGUGACGUUUAUGAGUCUAGUGUGAAGGUUUUGAUCACGUCUCAAGGUUAUGAGCAAAUAUGCAAGUCCAUCCAGCUGCAAUUGAACAUCGGUGUUGAGCAGGUGCGCGUGGUGCACAGAGACGGGCGGGUGAUCACGUUGUCUCACCAGGAGCAGGAACUGCAGGAUUUCCUUCUGUCUCAGAUGUCACAGCACCAGGUGCACGCGGUUCAGCAGCUUGCCAAGGUCAUGGGCUGGCAGGUCCUCAGUUUCAGUAACCACGUGGGACUCGGGCCCAUAGAGAGCAUCGGCAAUGCCUCUGCCAUCACAGUGGCCUCCCCAAGUGGUGAUUAUGCUAUUUCAGUUCGUAAUGGACCUGAGAGUGGCAGCAAGAUUAUGGUUCAGUUUCCCCGGAACCAAUGCAAAGACCUUCCAAAGAGUGACGUUUUACAAGACAACAAGUGGAGUCAUCUGCGUGGACCAUUCAAGGAGGUUCAGUGGAACAAGAUGGAGGGCCGUAAUUUCGUUUAUAAAAUGGAGCUGCUUAUGUCUGCACUGAGCCCCUGUCUGUUGUGAUUUUCUUCAGAACAAGUUCCAGAAGCAUUGACUUGGAUGUUUGCAGCUACAAGCACAAGAGAGAGAGAGACGUCUUCCAUAUAAGUACUGGCGCUCCCAUCCUUCACAGGAGCCCGGUGUGAAAGUUAGCAGCUGGCAUCCUCUCACUUUAUAAGAAGAGAAAAGUUUCUGUACUGUGGUAGUAUGCAGUAUGGGGAGAUGUAAAAUACAUUUUUUUAUACAGCUAACGUGAAAGCAUUACUAACUUAAGGGCUUGAAUUUGCUUUUUAAAAUAAAAUAAAAAAUCCUAUCUUUGAUGUUAA